AUGGCCCGGGAUCUGAUCGGGCCGGCGCUCCCGCCCGGCUUCACGGCUCGCGGGACAGCGGAGGACGAGGAGAGGGAGCCUAGUCCAGGACCAGCUUUGCCUCCUAACUAUAAAAGCAGUAGUUCGGAUUCAUCAGACAGUGAUGAGGACAGUAGUUCUUCAUAUGAAGAAGGAAAUCGGGAGUCUGAAGAAGAGGACCCUGGUCCACCUGCAAGAAAACAGAGGAGAAAACAGAAUGGCGAUGAGGACAAUGACGAUGACGGGUUUUUCGGACCAGCCCUUCCUCCUGGAUUUAAAAAGCAGGAUGAUUCUCCUCCAAGGCCAAUAAUAGGUCCUGCAUUACCACCUGGUUUCAUUAAAUCUACACAGAAAAGUGACAGAGGCAGAGAUGAUCCAGGACAACAGGAAACAGAUAGCAGUGAGCAUGAUGACAUUGUUGGACCGAUGCCUGCGAAAGAACCAGUUACCUACAGUGUAACCACAGAGUUUGAGAAAAGGUCCCAGAGAAUGAAAGAGAAACUUACUAGAGGAGAUGAUUCACCUAAGCCAAUUACAAGAGAAUCAUGGAUGACUGAGCUUCCUCCAGAAAUGAAAGACUUUGGUCUGGGGCCAAGAACUUUUAAAAGACGAGCAGAUGACAAAUCAGGAGAUCGCUCAGUCUGGACAGAUACUCCAGCUGAUAGAGAAAGGAAAGCUAAGGAAUCACAAGAAGCAAGGAAAUCACUCAGUAAGAAGGACGAAGAGCAUAUCAUGUCAGGAAGGGACAAGAGAUUGGCGGAGCAGGUAUCUUCAUACAAUGAGUCAAAAAGAUCAGAAUCUCUUAUGGACAUGCAUCAUAAAAAAUUAAAAAGUAAAGCUGCUGAAGAGAAAAACAAACCCCAGGAGAGAAUACCUUUUGACCGUGAUAAGGACCUCAAGGUUAAUCGGUUUGAUGAAGCUCAGAAGAAAGCUCUGAUAAAGAAAUCUAGAGAACUGAAUAACAGAUUUUCACAUGGCAAAGGCAAUAUGUUUUUAUAA